AAAAGUCUGGUAAAGCAUAGGGAAGCAUUGUAAAGCACAGAGAGGUCUGGUAAAGCAUAGGGUAGCAUUGUAAAGCACAGAGAGGUCUGGUAAAGCAUAGGGAAGCAUUGUAAAGCACAGAGAGGUCUGGUAAAGCAUAGGGAAGCAUUGUAAAGCACAGAGAGGUCUGGUAAAGCAUAGGGAAGCAUUGUAAAGCACAGAGAGGUCUGGUAAAGCAUAGGGAAGCAUUGUAAAGCACAGAGAGGUCUGGUAAAGCAUAGGGAAGCAUUGUAAAGCACAGAGAGGUCAGGUAAAGCAUAGGGAAGCAUUGUAAAGCACAGAGAGGUCAGGUAAAGCAUAGGGAAGCAUUGUAAAGCACAGAGAGGUCUGGUAAAGCAUAGGGAAGCAUUGUAAAGCACAGAGAGGUCUGGUAAAGCAUAGGGAAGCAUUGUAAAGCACAGAGAGGUCUGGUAAAGCAUAGGGAAGCAUUGUAAAGCACAGAGAGGUCUGGUAAAGCAUAGGGAAGCAUUGUAAAGCACAGAGAGGUCUGGUAAAGCAUAGGGAAGCAUUGUAAAGCACAUUAAUUAACAUGGCUAACCUGGAUACAUUAUCAUAAAUGCAAGAGUAUAACCACGGGAAGAGCGUGUGGGGUGAAGUGCAAAAAUAGCGGGGUAAACUUUUAUUGGGGCAGCAUCAAAUUAGAGCUUAUUUAGUUAUUUAUAGACAGAGAGUCGGUGGGGCUGGCAGGGUUCAGAGGUCACCGUGCCCCCCGAUUCGAACAGAAGGCUGUUUGUUCCAGACCAGCUAAACUGGGGGGGGGGCAGGAAAAUAACUGGAUUUAUAUAAACAGAAGAAAAAAACUAGGAAGCCGUGUGCAACUGGGAAAGAGACUAAAAAAACAAUUCCGGUUUUGAGGAAGUUUGGUCAGUACCAAACUGAGAAUGAAUUACCUCGAUGGGGUUGGCAUAGCAACUGGUUGCCACCGGCGACGAGACGCAGAGCUCUGAACAUCUCCGUGCUAAUAGAGGGGUGUGGGAGGUGAGAGAGAGAGAGAGAGAGAGAGAGAGAGAGAGGGGGUGAUGGUGAGGAGAGAGAGCGUCUAUAAAUUAAUAACACCGAGAGAUUUGAUACAAAGAAGUAUCUUCGAAAAGAGCUGGGUCACGUUUUUUUUUUAAGCUGAGCCAAAGUAGAAAAAGUGUUUGUUUGAUUUUUCCUUGCGUGGCAUUUUAGCGAGUGGACUGCCGAGUGACAGAAUCGCAGCGCUUUGUGGAUCUGUCUGUGUUUGACACACCGCACAGUUGCGGGUAGACCCUCGCCAGCCAGGGCCCCGCCAAAGAUGUCCGCCUAACCCAGCCAAGAUGGCGGACGACGUCCUCAGCAGCACCGUGUCGGCGUCUGGCUCCGCCCUCCCCGUGACCUCAUCGAUGACGCUGGAGCAGAAGGCGGCCUUCGUCUUCGUCCUCUUCCUCUUCUUCUUCCUGGGGCUGCUCAUCGUUCGUUGUUUCCGGAUCCUGCUGGACCCUUACCGCAGCAUGCCGUCCACCACAUGGACCGACUACAUGGACAAAGACACCUUCGACUACCGGAUCGCGUGAGGGACAAAAAAGGAACGGCUGUCAACCGUUCCGUCGCGACGGUUAAAGUCAACCGCUUUUGUGAACUUCACACUCUUGAGAGCCUGAGAGCUAUUUAUUUUAUUUUCAUAUGCCUGGCCACUUUAUUAGGAACGGUACGGACUAUCAGGCCUAGCUGUUGUUUGCCCUGGUCCUACAGCUCUGGCCCAAAGUUUUGCAUCACCCCCCCGUAGAAUGAACUAAUUUUGCUUCAUAGAGUUGAAUGAAACCUGCUGAAUAAUGUCACGUUAACAUAUUGAAUUGCACACCACUGCUUUGUAGUUUUCCCCCAUAUACUUACAGAUAAACGGACAAAACCCAAACCCUAAUCUAAUAUUAUACUAACUACUAUGGACUCUCUUUUCUUUAGCGAUUUCAUUUGGUAGUUUCUUUGCUUACAUGAUGUUAAAUAAAACAUCUAAAUUAUGUUCUUUAUAUAUAUUUGGAGGCAGAGCGGUCCAGUGGCAAUCGCACACCUCCUCUUUGUACAGUUUUCCCCGUUUACUUAACAAAAAAACUGACAAAAAUGUGACAUUUUGAAAUCUAACAUGAAAUAUCGCUGCACUGGCUUCCUGGUAGACUUUUUUGUAGUUUAUCUGAUUACGUGACGUGAAGUAAAAGAUAUAAAUGAUGUUCAUAUAGUUAUUUUUUUUAAUGAUGUCUCAAUCCUAAAAUUAUUAUUAUUUGUUUAUUUAGCAGACGCCUUUAUCCAAGGCGACUUACAGAGACUAGGGUGUGUGAACUAUGCAUCAGCUGCAGAGUCACCCGAAAGACGGAGCACAAGGAGGUUAAGUGACUUGCUCAGGGUCACACAAUGAUUGUGUGGGAUUUGAACCGGGGACCUCCUGGUUACAAGCCUGUUUCUUUAACCACUGGACCACACAGCCUGCUAUGUGAUGAGAAUUCUAGGUGAUGCAAAACUUUUGGCCACAGCCACACAGGCACUAUUCCACAACCCUGUCUAUUACUGUGCAGUACCUUUCAUUUAACCAGGAAGAGAGAGAUGUUUGAAUUGAUGUAGCCUCCCUCACUCACUCUAUGCCUUAUACCAGUGACUCCCAACCCCGGUCCUGGGGACCCCCUGUGCCUGCUGGCUCUCAAUUAAUAAACUAGACCUUUAAUUGUACUGAUCGUUUGCUUAAUUAGACCUUUUUAAUUGUUCUCGGGCCCCUAAAAAAAAAGUUGCAGAGUUCAAGUUACUUAUAAAAAUGUUACAGCUGGCUUGGAAUCUGCAACUGUUUAAGAGCUGAAAACAAGUCAAAAAAAUGAAGCUAAUGAUCAGUUCAAUGAAGGGUCUGGUUCAGUGAUGGAGAGCUCAGCUGGGAUGAAAACCAGCAGACACACACAGGGGGUACCCCCAGGACCGGGGUUGGGGAGUCCUGCCUUACACUGCCCUGUUUACACUUGUUAGACAAAGAUGAAGCGCUGUGGAAGUCUGAAGAUUAUUACAAGUUAUCUCAACUCAAAGUACAUGGGACUAAAAAUCAUUGCAGUGAAUCUUACAUUUAUAUAUAUAAUAGAUGGGCUUCAGUGAGUUACAGGAAAAUAAUUCCAUCUAGGGUUUCUGUGACAUCAUAAACUACGAGAGAGAAGGUGGAAUUUCUAAACUGUCACAGAACCCCGAGAUGGAAUUGUUUUCCUGCGACUCACUGAAGAGACCCGUCUCUUAUUUUUUAUAAUCCACGGAUCCCCUUGUGAUGCUGAUAUUAAAGAAGACGAGGUUCAGCAGUACAGUUGGGUUUUCUUUUUUUUUUUUUAAACGCUGUACAGACGUUCUGUGUCGUUAUCCGUUUAGUUUCUCUGUGAUACGAAUGUACCAGCUUUACAUCAUUUUAUGUAUCUCAUUUUGUUGAUCAUUAAUGAACAUAUAUAUUCAUUUAAUACCUGCUGACAACAAAAAUGUUAAAGUGAAUCGCUUGGCUCACCCUCCGUUUUCACAUCACCUCCGUUUCCAUGGAAACCUUUGGGCAUCGCUGAUGUUGACAUUAGCCUGCUGCCGUCAAAGACAGAUACAAAAGAAGGGAAAAAAAAAACGAAAAGGGCAAAAUCGCAGACAAGGCACGACUGACCUUUACACAAGACAAAGAGAAGAAACAGAAAAAGGAGACGAGAUAAAAAGGGAGGGUAGUGCUUUUCAGAAAUCACUAUUACAGGCCAGACCAGAACUAAAACCUCACUGAACUGCAUUGAAUUGAAUUGAAUUGAAUUGAAUUGAAUGGGCCUUGUUAUAAUGCUAGUCUUGCACUGUCAUAAUAAGACAUGGACAAACAGGG